UGGUAGAGCUUUUGAAGAGAAAUGAAACUGAGAAUAGGAAAGGAUGACCAAAGACAGGACGCUCCCAGUCUGUGGAAAGAGAGAGAGAGAGACAGAAGUGUGAGACAGAAGGAGCAUCUCGAUAGCUGAAAGAAGAUCUUUGUUCAUUCCAAACACAUUUUCUACCAUCUACUGGACGGCAAGAUGGCGUUAGUCUCAAGCCCUGGAAGAAAAAACAGCCAUGUCUUCAAUAUGGCCUCUCCUAGAGCAUCACCCAGUGACCCAAUGGAGAAGUAUCUGACAUGCUCAAUCUGCAUGGAUGUUUUUAUGGAUCCUGUUACUACAGAUUGUGGCCAUUCCUUCUGUAAGGAAUGUCUGCACUGCAACUUUAGUUACAAUGAUAGGAUGUGCCCUCUAUGCAAGCAGCCUCUGCACAAAGCUCCAGAAGUGAACAUCGUCCUGAGAAACAUUAUCCAACAGUUUAAAAAGACCCCAGAGAAAAAUGAUGAUGAGUUUACUGGGGCACCUGGUGAGGUCGCCUGCGACAUUUGCACAGAACCAAAGCUAAAGGCCAAGAAGUCCUGCCUUGUGUGUCUUACCUCGUACUGUUCGACUCACCUGGAAAAUCAUUUAUCAAGUGAAAGGCUGAAGGGUCACAAGUUGGUUGAACCUGUGGACAACCUCGAUGAGAGGGCCUGUCUGGCUCAUGGCCGCCCCCUGGAGCUGUACAGCAAAAGGCGGCAGAAAUGCAUUUGUGUACGCUGUAUGGAAGAAGGUCAGGAGGAGGUUGUCUCCACUGAAGAUGAAUGGGACAGGAAGAAGACUAUGCUUGCAAGCACUAAGACAGCAUUACAACAGAAAAUAAAGAAGAGAAUGACGAAGAUCGAGGAGAUUGAUAUGUCUCGACAGAGCUGCAAGGGGCACCUGGAGGAUGAGUGGUGGGAAAUUGACAGUGUGUUCACGGCUGUGAUUGCCAUAGUGGAGGAAGCCCAUGCAACAGCUCUUCAGCCACUGAAGGAAAGGAGGCUGGUUUUGGAGCAAGAGGCAAAAGAACUCACAGACGGGUUGCAAACAGAGGUCAACAGACUGGAGAGGGCGAUCUCUGAACUUGAUGAUAUUUCUGUGCUUGAGGAUCACAUCCUUUUUCUGCAGAGAUACCCAUCUCUACAAGAUAUGGACGACAUCAAAGACUGGACAAAUGUGGAGCUUGACACAACACUGUCUUUUGGCACCAUGAGAAAAACCACAACAACCAUGAUGGAAAAAAUUAAAGAGAAACUGGAGAAGCUGUCGUCAAUUGAACUCAUGAGGCUUCCAAAGUUUACAGUGGACGUAAAGCUUGACCCAGCCACCGCUCACAAACGUCUUCUUGUCUCUGAUGAUGGGAAGGAAGUGAAAGACGCUGGUGAGGACCAAAUAGUAGAUGAUGCUCCAGAGAGGUUUGAUCGGUAUGGCAGUGUCCUGGGUCUCAACAGGUUGGCCUCUGGGAAGUCCUACUGGGAGGUGGAGGUCAUCAACAAGACCGGUUGGGAUGUUGGCGUAGCAAGAGGUGACGCAAACCGUAGGGGGAAACUCUCAAUUAAUCCAGAUAACGGUUAUUGGGUUGCUGUACAUUAUGAAGGGGGAAAGUACGCAGCCCUGACAGAUCCACCACUUCGUCUCACCCUGGAUGAGAAGCCUCAGAAGGUGGGGGUGUUUGUGGACUCCGAGGAAGGUCUCGUGUCCUUCUAUGAUGUCACGGCUCAGUCUCACAUCUACUCAUUUGCCGAGUGUUCAUUCACUGAUGAGCUCUUCCCAUAUUUCAGUCCACAUGUAAAACAAGAUGAUCUGAACUCUGAUCCUCUGAUUAUCUCUUAA